UUCGAUGCAGGCAUCACGAAAUCGUUUGGUGUUCUUCUCCAUGAGAUGGUGGUGAGAUUAAACUCAAACUACGCCAUUAUUGGGUUCAUCUGCAGCCUGCCAUCCACCCUCUCACUUCUCGCAAGUCCACUUGUAUCUCUAAUACUAGAAAGGGUGAACGACCGACUGGUCGCCGGAGGAGGAGCAAUACUCGGCUCGACUUGCAUGCUCAUAUGUGCCUUUUCAACUAAUGUUGUAGUUGUGGGCGUGUGUCUUGCAUUAACAGGGACCGGUUUUGCCUGUAUUCACCUGCCCACAACGCUUAUCAUAAACGACUAUUUCCCUGAUGAUUUUGUCAUGAUGAAUACGCUUUCCUUGUAUGGUCUGACUGCAGGUGCAACCUUUAUACCGUUCAUCGUAGAAAGAUCGGAAGAGGCUUACGGGUACCACGGAAGUUUUCUGAUCUUAGCCGGUAUUGGUCUUCACGCCAUGGUGUGUGCUGCUGUAAUCCGUAAACCAAUCAUGAAGAAAAUUAAAAUUAAUUGUCCUGAAGCUAAGACAAUGGGACUGGUCCGAACAGAUCGCGAGAUGACAAGUAAGCUUACACGACCGAAAAAUAACAGCGCUCUGGGAUCAAGGGGUGAAAAAAAUCAUAAGGAACAUCAGUCAAGCAGUACAGGAUCUGAUCAUUCAGAGAUGGGGCUUGAUGACGUCGAAACUGCUGUGUUAACCGAACACUUACCAUUGAUCACCGAAGAAGAAGACGACGACGACAAACUGGCUGGGGCGUCUGCAGGGACAUCGAAGGGCAAUACCGAACCUUGGUACAAGUUCUGUUGCAGAGGUCUUACGUUUCAUGACUGGCUGGUCUUGUUUAACAUGCCGUCGAUUUUCCUCUUCUCAUAUGCAUUGUACGGUUGGAUGCUGUUCUUGGUACCCCAUGCCGAAUCCCUUGGGAUUAUCAGUUCCCAUGCGGUAUUAUUAUCCACUCUAGCAGGAAUUGGUGGUAUCUUAGGAAGAACAGUAUUCAUUAUUCUCAUUUCUAAAAACGUCGAUCCUUUUCUGAUAUACAUCCCCGUCAGUAUUGUCUGCAUCCUGACUUUUCUCCUUGACUUCGUCGGAUCAGGGUAUCCUGUACGGGCUGGUUUGGCGUUCGUCCAAGGCAUCUGUUUCUUUACUGAAGAUACUAUGCCCUCUGCCGUGGUAAAGAAGAUUACAUUUGACCCAGUCAAAUUCAGACGAGCUUAUGCAAUGCUAUUUUUCUUUACUGGAUUAGGAGCUACCUCAGCAGGCUAUAUGACAGGAUUUCUGUUCGACCUAACCCAGUCCUACACCAAAGUCUUCAUGGUUAAUGGUGUUCUUCUUUUUGUUGUUUUGGUGAUCUUGACCACCACAGCUGUCCUAUUGAGAGUUCAAUCUAGGAUCAACACGAAAUGAAACAUGUGACGUCAUCUGACCAUCCUAAUACGUAAAAGAUCCGUGACUAUGAACCUUACAGUGGAAUAAACACAAAUAGGAGUAGACGUGGACAAUAGGACUACGUACAUCGUGUCAUAAUUAGAGGCUAAGAUGUGAUCUAUGUAGAUAUGAAUAUUUCCACUUGGAUAAUCCGGCAACUAAUAGGGCGACAUUAAGCUAUCGAUUGCCCUCCCCUAAGAAAGAUAUUAAAUACUCUUGUCAGAAAAUGAACAAUUUUUUUUGGUAUUUUAGUUGAUAUCGGGCACAUCGCCCUUUAAUACUUGCCGAGCUGGUCUUUUUUGAGGAGGGGUGGGGAGAAAAUCAAGACAUUGGAUGAUAAAUUGCCCCAAUUCAAUGGAAAAUAUAUAAUUUAGGAACAAAUAAAUUCGAAGAAUUUUGCAAGGUUUAGCUUAAUCCAAUAUUAACUUCACAAUAAUAUCUUAGAAUGUUCGAUUCGGUGCAACUCAUAACAAAAUAUAGGCCUAUGUGCUUGAAUGCCCCCAAUUUUUACACCACUCUUGAGACCCCGUUUCUACCAUUAAAGUCUAGUCGGAUAUGGGGGGGGGGGGGGGUCUCCCUAUGCACCAUUAGAGAACAUUUUACUUGACCAAAUGACAAAAUUUCCAUGAUUUUGGGAAAAAAAAGAGUUGCAUGCUUCGUCAUAUGUUUUCGCAUGUUUAUUAUGAAUAGCAACAAUAUCAACCUUCGACAUGUACGAUAUUAACGAUUUGGUAUGAGGACCGUCAAAAUUCAUUAACUACAUACAUCAGGCAAAGCCAAAAAAUAAAAUGGGUCAAAAAUGUUUUUCGAUGGUGCACGGGGACCCAAAACGGGUAAAUUUGUUACACUUCUCUCAUUCAGAUUUACUUGUUUUAAUAAAAACAAAUGAUUUUGAAUAAUGCAAAUCAGUCUCUUGUGUGGUGUAAAUGAGUAGAGGCUAUAUCCUGUCCCUAAAUUUGUAUGGAAGCAAUAUUUUUUUUCAGUUAAAUCAUUGAAUUAAUGUUUUCUCUAAUGAUUUUUUUUCUUGAUUAAAACAUUUUACAAAUUUGGAAGUGAACCAUAUUGUGCAAAUCUGCUUCUUGUGUGGAUUUACAUGUGUUUCGGACUAUGUACUGUCCCAAACGCUCAAGAAAGCAAUAGUUCCGGUUAUAUCAUUGAAAUAAUACUUUCUCUAACUCCCAGUUUGCAUCCGAUUUGCGACUAGUUUUCAUGAUGGUAUCAUAUUCACGGGAAGGAUGAGACAGUAUUAUCAAACGUCUGUAAAAAAAAUAAGGCAUCAUGGAGAUAUUUCUCUGUUGCUGAGUAACCAAUCAUGAUCAAGAAUAUCCAUCUAUUUAUAUAUCUAUUUGUUCGAAUUUUCUUAGUUCACCAACAUGCAAGAUGUUAUCGACUAAUUAUAAUAAUAAAGCAUACACCGUAACUGGGCGUUGUGGCGUGCGCCUGUAAUCCAAGCUAUAUGGGGUAGUUACAAAUUGAUGCAGAUGUUCGAGGUUCGAGCCCUGGCCACUUUUUUCGGAUGGUGACGUUAAAGGUCGGUCCUAGACGUAAAUAAUCAUAUAUGAUUGAUACACGUCUGACAAAACUCAAAUACACACACACAUACACAUACGUAGCACCCUUCUCAGCCUUAACGGUCAAAACAACAUUGGUGAGGGGAGUCCCCACCCUCAACGGACUGCCCACCUUACCACUCACAUACAUACAUGUAUGGCGGGGAAGUCAAUAUUACACAAUCAGAAAUAUGACAAUACCCGCGAUGCUGGUGUCAAUUGGCGUUUUAAUUCAUAUCGAUUAGUCCAGAAUGCGAUGUGGCGUAAUGGCGAUCAGUUUCCCAAUUGUUUCUGAAUCGACCAUAUUCAACAGGGACAUAAUUCCAAUGCAAAAUAAUUAAACUGCGGAAUACAUAUAGGCAUCAUACACAUUCACAUUUCAUUCACAUGCAAAUUGUCAUAUCAAGAUGGAUUGAUUUGAGAGAGAGAUAGAUUGUGUAACUCACCAUAUGCACGUCGACAUGCUUCCCCAGAACAUUAACAUGGCACCACAUUAAUGACCAUCGCGAGCAUGUAAUAAACACUGUUAUGCAAGGACCAGCUCGAUCUGAUGUAAAUAGAAAUGGUUGCACACUUUGUUGCGUUAAUCUCUGAUAUUAUCUAUGAAAGGUCAUUAA